CUGGAGCCUUGUGCAAAACUCAAACAAUUUGUACUUGGUUGUUAUUAUAGCAGCGUGUACAGCUCCAUAAAUGAAAGAAGACCUGUGCCCAGCACACACAAUGAAGCACUUGCAAAAUGUGUUGUUCCCGAUAAAAAUGAAAGUAAUAGCAGAGAAUUUCUGAAUAAAGAAGUCAGUCAAGACAAUGUCGUGAAACCGAGAUCCAAAUGUUGUCCUUAUGAUUUCGACCCAAAUGUUUGUAAGGUUGUGGGUGAUAGAUUACUUUGCGGAUAUAAUAGAAACAUAGGAGGUUUUCAAAACAACGACGCAUUUCAGGAUUUAAAAAACGGUUGUCGCAUACGAGGUGGAAGACUCGAGUGUGGCUACGUAAAUGGUCCUUUUACAAACCCAAGAAGGCCACCUGUUGUGGACAAUGCUUUACUAGAAGUUGAUGCAACAACUGAUCUAGUGGUAGAUAAAAAUAGUAGUGGAGAUGCCAAUGUAAAGAAGGAAUCGCUUAAGCUGCAAAAACAAAUAAAUAAUUAUUAUGGUACAACAAGAUGUAUAGAGAUACGAGAACGUAUAGUUUGUCGACAACAAUAA